AAUCGAAAUACAAGGCCAAGGCACUAACUCCCAAAGCCCAAUACGUUGAAAAAAUAUCGGGGAAGCGAAGACGCUGACUCUUUCUCUCUCUCUCUCUCUCUCUCUCUCUCUCCCCCCCAAGGCCCCAACACACACGCCAAUGCCAUCUGGAUUUCUAGAUGGCAGAUGCAAUGCAAACUCACCUUCUCCCAUCACACCGACCCCACACUUCUCCCUUGCUUGUUCUCAUUUGACAGUUAGAAAUCCAUCACUGCCAUCAAUCUACACCAACAGACUUUCUUUUCUCUCGAGCUCUCCGUGUUACCUAAUCACCCCUCUGCAAUUUAAUCGUUCCAUAGACAAACCCUAAUUUUUCCCAUAACACUCAGAGGCUACUAUGUCGUGGUUGAGAUCCGCAGUGAGCAAAGCUGUCGAGGUCGGCGGCAAGAACAACCUUACACGUACCGUCAGGAGCUACGCCGAUUCCGUCGUCCAACAUGCCGGUCAAGCUGUUGCUGAGGGUGCCAAGCUUUUGCAGGAUCGCAUUGGGUCCAGGAAUUUCAAAAGCUUUAAACAUACUGUGAAAAGAUUGGAAGAGGUUUCUAUUUCUUGUAGGGGGCUAGAAAGAAUUCAAUUAUUGAGAAGGUGGUUGUUUGCACUUAAAGAAAUCGAAAAAUUAUCUGGAAAUUCUAUUGAUGACAAAGAAAAGGUUCUUGAUCAGCAUCUUGCUUCUGAUGAAUCCAGCUCUCCAAAAAACCCCCCCAUGGUUCUGUUUUAUGACUCUGAAUUAGGUGGUGAGCCAAUGAAUUUUCGUGAUGUCUUCCUUCAUAGUCAAGCUCUGGAAGGCAUAACAUUGUCCAUGAUUCUUGAAGCACCAAACGAGGAAGAAAUUUCUUUGCUUUUGGAGAUAUUUGGCCUCUGUCUUACAGGGGGAAGGGAAGUACAUAAUGCGAUAGUGAGCAGUAUACAAGAUUUGGCAAAAUCAUUCUCAAGCUACCAAGAUGAAGUAUUGGUAAAGCGAGAAGAGUUGCUCCAAUUUGCACAAGGUGCAAUUACAGGGUUGAAAAUAAAUGCUGAUCUUGCAAGAAUAGAUGCUGAGAUUUCAAAACUGCAACAAAAAAUUGAUGAAAUGAGAGCUUCUCGUCUGUCUUCAAGCAAAGCAGAUGAGAAAACAUCUGAAAAAACAACUAUUGCAACACUGGAGUCUCUAAAAGACGCGCUUGCAGAAGUUCGGCUUUGUUCCAAAUUAGAAGCACUCUUGCUAAAGAGGAAAUCACUAAAUAAUGGAGAUUCACCAGAGAUCCAUUCUCAAAAGGUUGAUAAGUUGAAAGUCUUGUCAGACUCUCUUGCUAACUCCACCUUGAAAGCCGAAAAGCGCAUUUCAGAUCACAGGCACCAAAAAGAAGAGGCUCUUAAAUUUCGUUUUGCCAAAGCUGGUGAGGUUAGCGAAAUUGAGAAGGAAUUAGCUAUGGAGAUUUCAAGUCUAGAGAGGCAAAGAGAUGAACUUGAAGCUGAAUUGAAAAGGGUUAACAUCUCCUUGGCUGCUGCUCUUGCACGCCUUCGCAAUACCCGGGAAGAGAGGGAGCAGUUUGAUGAGGCAAGCAAUCAAAUUGUUGCACACCUGAAAACAAAGGAAGAUGAGCUAUCAAGAUCCAUUGCUUCAUGUAGAGUAGAAGGAGAUGUUCUUCAUACAUGGAUCAAUUUCCUUGAAGAUACCUGGGUUCUCCAAUCCUCCUUUAUAGAUCGGAAGGAAAAGCAGACCAGUGAUGAGUUAGAGAAACAUGAGAACUACUUUGUGGAAUUGAUCACUUGUCACCUCUCUGCUUACAAGGAACAGUUGGGUCCUUCUAUCAACCGUAUCAGGAUACUUGUGGAGAAUUUGAAAAAUCUAAAUGAAGGGUUAGAGAUGGCCUCUGGUUUAGAUGCCAAUGAUUCUAGAGAAAGCCCAAGAAGAAAUCUUGAGGAGGAAUACCUGAAUUGUGAAGCGAAGAUUAUAACCACCUUUAGUGUAGUGGACAACAUGAAAGAACAGUUUUAUCCUAAACAUGGGAAAGUCUCCAGGAAAGAUGAUCUAGGAGUGAAAGAGCUAUUUGAUGCUAUUGAAAAAAUGAGAGAGGAAUUUGAAUCCAUUGAGAGACCAAACCUAGAUAUUGAGACUCCAACAACCCCUAGUGCAGAGACGCCAUCUAUCAAUAUGCAAGAGAAGGUUUCAUCUCCUCCCUCCACACAGACCAUUGAGUCACUGCUAUCUAAGAAUGAUGAACCUUCGGAACCACCCUCAGCCAAGGAAGAACAGUCAUUGGACCCUGAAGCGGAACUGGCAAAGCUGGAGUCAGAAUUUGGUAAAGUUAGCAGAGACUACUCAACAGAGGAGAUUGGUGACUGGGAGUUUGAUGAGCUUGAGAGGGAGUUGAUAGGUGACUCGGCAACAAACAAAUAGAUCAGAUCUACCCUUCUGCUCUGAGUCUAUAGAAACUUCUGGUAUCCGUUAACCAUGAACAGCUUUGUUGUAUGUAACUAUUUAACAUCUAGGCGCCACCUAAUGAAAAGCCAGAUUUUAGCUAGGUUUAUAUUUUUUAAUGUGUGGAUCUAGAUGAACUUGUAUCCAUUGGAUCGGAUGUAAAUUUGCAAACUGUGAUAACAUAACAUGGGUUCGUUGAAAUAAAUGUAAUAUUCUUGGUUUACA